UUUUAGUUUUGUACCACACACGCAACCUACGAUGUACCAUAUUACUCGGUGUCGAGAUUCCUGCUUUUGUGGCUAGGCAAGUAGAGGAAGACGCUACUCGAAGGACUGCAACUGCUACUGUUCGAUGCCAUGUCGGGCUCGGCCUCAUCCUGUCACUUCCAUUCCGAUGGUUGCAUGCGGAUGCUGCUGCGCGGAGUAAACUCUCGCUCGGAUGUGCUGCUGAUUGCACGCAACGUCUCGGCUGGUCAGACGCUUUGAAAGCGCGCCCCGCAGGUUGUGGACCCGUCAUGCCUUCAGAAUUUUCAUCAGCGCUGACUUCACCAAGUGCAUACCGUUGAAGCAGCACGCCAAGCGUUGUGUGCACCGCAGCGGGCGGCGACUCCGAUCAUGAACAACUAUCACUUGUACGAGGAGAUCGGAAGUGGGAAGUUCAGCGUCGUGUACAAGGGGCGAAAACGCCAUACAAUUCACUACGUGGCCAUCAAAUCCGUGGAAAAAUGCCGUCGUGCCAAGGUGAUGACCGAGGUGAACAUGCUCUCGCGGCUGCAAACGCACCCGAACGUGCUGGAGUUCUACUUUUGGAACGAAACCCGCAACCACUUGUGGGUGAUCAACGAAUACUGCUGCGGGGGAGACUUGAUGCGUCUCCUGAAGCAAGACCAAAAACUGGACGAGGAGCAGAGCCUGCGGUUUGCGCACGACAUCUGCGAAGGGCUCUUCUUCGUGCACUCCCGAGGUAUCAUCUACACGGACCUGAAGCCGUCCAACGUGCUGUUCGACGAGACCGGACGACUAAAACUGUCCGACUUUGGCAUGUCAAUCUUGCUGCAGGAUCUUAACAAGGUAGCAAUCCUUUUUGAAGAGCAUUCUUUUUGCGACAGGAUUUUUGCUUUGGUGUCCCCGGUCGCUAUGGAUGUAAGGUCGUCAACAACUCGCUUUGCCGUUCGAAAAAUACUCACUUUCCGAUUGGUACGCAACAUGAAUACCCGUAAUUUCCCGACUUUGCAGCAACAAGAGGAUGGAACGCCCGUCCCGCGGCGGGGGACACCGUAUUACAUGGCACCAGAACUUUUCCUCGAGGACGGUAUCCACAGCUUCUCCUCCGACCUGUGGUCUCUGGGGAUUGUGUUUCACGAGUUCGUGACAGGAAAACCGCCGUUCCAGCCCGCGAGCUUCAAGGAGCUUCACAACAUGAUCCUAGAGAGGCCACCACCGCCACUCGUUGGGUUGACGUCAAAGGACUACGAGGACCUCGUGCACAGCCUGCUGGCGAAGCACCCGGGACAGCGUGCGGACUGGAACGUCGUCCAUGAGCACCCAGUCUGGGGUACCGAGCGGCUUCCGAGUCAGGGUACCAGGAAUGAUGCUGUAGAGGUGCUGAUUAAUUUGAUCUACGUUCAAGAACACAAUCGUGUCUACGGGCGCACAUACUUGUUUUUUUUUCGAACGUUGGUAAAAAUUUCGCUAUUUUUAAAACAACCUCCGCUUCAUCACCGAACGAAGCCGAGUUCGAAACUCCACUACCAAUCUUCGGAAAUUUUCGCUGUCUCGCGCUCACCAGGUCGGGUGAACUCACUUCCGCCGCAGACGCACUUCGAGCGGUGGAAACGACGGGACAAGGUUGCGAGCAGCGGUGCAGGGGGUUCCGGCGCAGUGAUCGUCAGCACCAGCACGAGCCAGUCUGCCUUCUCCGAGCAGGGUCGGGGUAGCGCGAGUGCUCGCACCGUGAACACGAGCACAAGUAGUGCGAAUUCGACCUCCGCGUCAGACUCGCGCCAAACGGCUGGCAAUGCAACCUCCAGUGCGGGAACUUCUAACGGAGAUGCUGGCUCCACGGCCAACGCAAAGCGUGGGGGCAGCGCUGCGGGAAUACCCACUGUAGAGGCUGGCGCACCGAAGGGCAAAGAAGGUCAGACUGAUGCCGGAGCAGCGACGGAUAGUAGUAUCCAUACCAGCAACGCGAGCACGCAGGCGUCAAAGCGCCUGGAUCCAUUGCGCUUGUCUGCAAUAGCGCAGAAAAACCUGAUACAAGAAAACCUCAUUCAGGAAGAACCGUGGAAUCCACAGGAUUUGCAGCUCAAGGGAUUCGACCAAGAGCUCAAUUUCAGCGAAGAUCAGCCACCUCCCCCGCCACCGGCUACUAGCGAGGGGCCGAGAGGCGGUCCGCUUAUGGCCACGCGACUGGCGAGCGACAGCCGAAAACCAAUGGCUUCGCCAACACAAGUCUGUCGGGCAACAGCUGGGUAUGAUUUGAUGCGACAGCUGUAUGAUUUCUAGGUGCAAAAACAUCAGCAGUGUGUGUAUGACGAACUCUUUUGUGCAUGCAGUGUCUACUUCGUCUUCUCGUGUGACUUUUUCGUAGCAUGAUGAACAAACAUCCCGGCAGUUCAUUUUUGUACAGACACUACAUGUUGUUGAUAUUUCGCUCGAAAAAUCAACCACGACAAAUUAUGACAGGGUUCCUCCUCCGUCAGAGAUAGCCAGAAGCCCUCCGAAUGAGCCGCGUGGAAGGAAACUACAGCGCAGUGCUACGGCACACGCGGAGGGCUCUGCGUACGAAAGCAGCUCGUCAAAAGACACGAAGGCGACCACGGACGCAGAGGCGAGCAACAGGGAAGCCGCGCGGGUUGAGCGUGCGACCCCAUCGCAGUCGAGCACUGCGACGACGGCUGGCCGCCCGGGAGCGAAAAUACAGCAAGGGGCAGCUUCAACGGCCCAAGGUGGCGGAGCUGCAAGUAGUGCUGCCCACAGUCCAGCCCUCGCUGCGGACGGGGGCGCAGCGGGCAAGGAGGGAUCUCGGGGAGGUGCCGCUGGAGCAACUUCCUCGGGCACCGGAACAACGCAAGGCUCGAGCACGGGCACCACGCCAACGCUGUUCGCAACAACGACUGCGUCGAGCUCCCCCACCACGCCAACCCCUGUGACAAAGCCAGCAGUGGUGGCCACGACGCUGAGUCCGCAGCAGGGUGCGGUGGGCUACGCUAACGCCACUCCAGUGGUGAGUUCCGAGUUGCUGCAGAAGUGCCGCUCGCUCCUGAGCCACGUGGAAACCAGCGUGAGGCCCAUCAGCAACAAUCCCGCGAUCGAGAAAAUCACGUCGCCGCACCUCUCGCAGCCCGAGCUGCUACCGUUUCGCCCGCUGGCGCUCGAGGACGUUUUCGUGUGCAGUAAUCAGGAGCUGGAAAGCUUUCUGACCAAGGUCUACAAAUGCAUCGCGCAGGGCACCAUCGAGACGAAGAUCAUGACGCUGAUCUACCUGGAAAACCUGUGCGGACACAUGCAGGUUGCGGACCUCGUCGUCAACUCGAGUCUGCUCAAGCUGGUGCUGAAAAUGGUUCGCGUACGCUCAACCGAACUUCGCGUGCGUCUGUGGACGCUUAUCGGGCAGCUGCUCCGGCACGCCACUUUUCUGGAGCCCAACAUUGCCGACCUCGGCAUCUUUGAAGCACUCACCGACGCCGUCGUCCGCCACGAAGAUCGGACGGUGCAGCGCAAAGCCGCUGCUGCACUCGGGGAGCUUCUCUUCUAUGUCGCCACGCAGCCAAAGCCAGAACGUAAAUAUCCUUGUCCCACCCAAGGAGUUUGAUUCUUAUUUCCAGAGUUUUUGAUCAUGCGGAGGAGAAGGAGUGUCACAGUGCAUCUUGGCUCCGGAUUCUGUGGUUGCCGAUAUUAUUCAACCACGGCAGCAUUAACCGCUGCGUGUAGAGUUUAGAUUGUCUCAGCUUAUACCCUUGAGACGUGAUCAUUCCGUCGUGAUGUAUGAGAAGCACAAUCGAUUUUUAACAGCGGGAGCAGCGGCCUGGAAGGUGCCUCAAGCGACGCUGGACGGGGUGACGAAAGCGAUUUUGCAGCGUGACGACGAAAUCGUUGCCCACUACUCUAUCAAGACGCUCGAGAACAUCUCGACGCAAAGUCCCGUGGUGGCACAAAAGUGGUUCCUGAACACGCAUGGCCCCGUCCUCGCGGAUGCGCUGCACAAGUACGCGAAAGAAACCAAGAGCGAAGAGAACUUUCGGCUAACCUGCCUCGGUGCGUUGGCCAUGGUGGCGCGCAUUUCCCCCGGACUGGCGGUCAAAGCGAUGCUAAUCCCCUCGCAGAGUAGUAGUAGUAGUGCUUCCUCGCGGUCCUCCUCCCCGUCAUCUGGCACGACCACGGGGGUCUCCGGACAGCAACAGGCAGGUGGUUCCUCCUCCUCCACCAGUGCGGCCAACAAUGCGAACCGGAACAGCGCACGGUACGACUUCUCUACCAUCCUCCUCGGGCUCAACGGGACGCUGGCGCCCAAGGGCAAUCCAUCAAGUUUUCACCUGCUGUUCGCGGUGCUGCUGCAGAAGGACAACCUGCUGCUAAAAGCGCAGCGGCAGGACCUCGAGCAGAUCACAUUGCACCUGCUGCAGCUGACGGCGCAGACGCGCGGGCACACGGUAUUUCGCGGGAAGAGCAUGCUGUUGCUCGUUCUUCUCGCCUUUGUCGACGUGCAUUUUCUUCUGCUCGCGUUUGAAAACCAGUUCGCCUCGCACAUCGAGAAAACCUGUGCCCGCGAGCUGGUUUCGAAAGACAACGGGAAGGAGACCGGGAGCGGCCCGACCAAGGAUCGCUACGUGUCGCAAUGCCUGCAGAUGACUUCCGUCGUGCUCAUAUCCUGAGUAAAAACGUACCCACACCAGAGUUGUAAUGCAAAUCUGCAUGCUGAAAAUGUUUCUCAUGCGGAGCCUCAUGAGAAGCUGUUUCUAGUCGUGUUUUGCAAUUUGUCAUGCUCCAAUCAGCAUGGUAUGCUAGGUCUGUGAUGCUGCUGAGCUAGCUCAAACAGCACUACACUAUGAAUCCAGAUUUGUGAUGCAAAACAGCCAAAACUUGUGGAUUUGUCUAGCCGAUUCCCCAUCUUGACUAUGGUGUGGGUGCGUUUUUACUCAGGAUAGCUCACCAAUUUUACCUCCACUUUUCUCGGAAAUCUGGCGAACGAGAUGCGGCGCACGGGGUCGGGGCCGCAGCAGUCCAACGGCGUCACGAACACCACGUCCGCGCACUUCGCACGACGACUGCACCUCCCGGUGUACCUGCUCUCCUGCCCCCCGCUGCGCGCCUGCGUGAUGAAUGCCAAGGCGCUACCGCACCUAACCAUGCUGGUGACGCUGGCGAACACGCCGCAGUGGCGCGCCACCACCGCGCAUCGAGCAACGCUGCUCGUAUGCGAAAACAUCUCGGCGCAGGUACUACACAUUUUUGCGACGACCGUUGAACAGUGCAGUCAAUAGAUUAAGGUAAAAAGGACCAGCGUGAGUAGACAACCAUUCGAACAGGAAAAGAGUUCAUCAUCAGAAGUACGGCUUUGUGGUUUCACUCGCAAUGGAGCAGCCAGCAGCAACUGCAGACUUUUCGUGGCAUUGACUUACUUUUUAUUUUUCUCGGCGGGUAAAAAAAUCAGGUGCCAAUGCUGUUGGAUUGUGUGCAGCCGACGUUGCAGUUUCUGCAUGCAAUCGCGUCUCUGCUGUCCGCCGACAGCAACGAGGAGAGCAUGUUCCUCGCGCUGCGGUGCUUCGGCGAUAUCACCGUGGCGCUGCUGAACGACGACACGCGACGCAAAAAUGAAGAAUACCCGGAGCAGCUGCACACGCUGCUGGCGGGAAAGUUUUUCCCGAGGCUCCCCGUCCUUUUGACCUGCGCGGACCCAGUGCCAACGGUGGCCAUGCGGUUGGUCAGCUGCAUCCUUGACGCAGACCAAAUCCAGGCACAACCCGAGCGCUUUCGAAGUCUUUCACAAGCGCUGCGGCCGGUAAAGGAGGGCAUUCUCGGGGCGCUCUCCUCGCAAGUUGCCGUGUCUGUGCACGGAGCCAACCUCGCGUCCUCGCUGUUGCGGCUUAACGAAAUAUCCGCGCCGCAAUUGUCGGACGUACGAUUAUUUUCCGCAUGCGUUUUCCAAGGAGGCAGGGAGCUGCACCAGCAGAGAGCUCUCUACUUCAUAUCCUAGCAUUUUAAUAAUGCUCUUUCGUUCAUCCUGAUCGAAGAAAGAGAAACACGAACUACACGAUAGAAAAAUGGAUGGCUUUUCAUGUCGGCAAUAUCUUCAUCAAUCAUGAACUGAAGGUUUUUACCCGACUUCUGGAGCUUAUCUCUUCGCGAGCGGAGGGCUCCACCGCACGAUUGGAUGUUGCGCACCUGGAGGCGAUCCUAGGUCUGAUCGAGAUAUGUGCGAGGGAUCCUCCACAGGAGCUGGGGUCACUGCUGUGCCCCCUGCUCGCCAUUGCAUCGCAAUACAUGCAAUCCGCACCGGUGCUGGUCGAGCGCCUUAUCAAGGUACGGCGUAUACUGUGUACUGUUUUCAAUCGUGCACAUACAAAAUCGAAGGGAGCAGGUGCAGGUCCAAAUGUGUGGUCUACGUACUGGAAAUAAGCGAUCAUACGUGAGUUGUACCCUGGUUCGACGAUGACCUGUUGUGUGCGUUUUCCUUUUUUUGGAAGUAGAGCAGGAACAAAAUAUUGACGACACUUAUCACAGGUUUGCGAGACGUUGACCACAAUCAUAGGGAAAGGAGGCCAAGUGACCGUCUUCGGGAAAGGCGGUACGGUCGUGCGAAGUUUGGUAACUUUGGUGGAGCGAACAUCGCGUGCUGUACCUAUUUCGAAAUGGUUCCUCGAGCGCGUGGACGCUGGUGCGCUGUCGGCAGAGGUUCGGAAGCCUUUGGUUAGAGUUUUGCAGCAAUUUGAUCAGAGCCGGCCCCGCUGAGACAAACACUAACUUGUGCCUGUGAUAUGUAAGUAUCACUGCGAGCAGCGCCGGAGAAGCGGGGGCGACCCUUUAUCUUUUCCAUAGUUUUCUUUUCCGCAUUUUUACUACACACAACAAACUAUUUGAUCAUACUACUAACAUUCUGAAAAUAUGCGAAGCAUAAUUAUCGUAAUACUUCUAACCGUACAGCGCCAGCGAAUUUUUUCAUGGGGAUUCUUAUAAUCCCUCUGGCGGAGCGGGAACGCUUGCAGUUUUUUGCACUAGCUCAAAAGCAAAAGCCCGUUUUACGAACGCAGGUCGUUCUCGUUUUUAUCUCACAAGACAGAGUCGAACGCUUGCUGCGAUCUCCCGGAGCUUCGUAGCAGGUGAAGAAAUUUUGGGGCCGCUCAGCUGUUUGCUGACGUGCCAUCUAAAGCAUCAACAUAAGUGUCGUGCACCCUGGGCUGCACCAUCAUGGUUCAUUGGCCAGAGCAGCUUCGCUGUCGUGCCGCCGCACAGGAACACUCCAAGGGAGGGCGCACCGUACGCGAAAGAUCCGUUUGUACCCGAAAAGGGUGGAAUGUAAUUUGUAGUUACUUGCGAAAAUUCGCCUAAUUACGCCUUCGCCCCCACGUUGCGGCGGCGGAAAAAAC